AUGAGUGACUUCUGGGAUCAAAAUAAGGGCUCAAUCAAGUCAGGAUUAGCGACGGCUGGUAAAUAUGGUUACCAAGGUACCAAGUUCGUGGCCAAGACCGGCUACAAGGCUGGAAAACAGCAAUACAACAAUAGUCGAGGGAUCACCACUGAUGAACGAUCCGAAAGCAGUACCAGUUUACCAAAGACUGCUACCCCUGUCUCCGCUUUACCGGAUGUAUCAGGACUGCCUCCUCCACCUUUAAAACCGGGCCAAGUAUCAUACCAUGGAAAAACAGACACUAGAGGCCCUACAACUACAACGACGGUGAGACCACCUCCGAUAAUGCCUCCACGAGCUGUGGUUCCUCAAUCACAGAGCAUAUACCCAGAGCCCAUUCAAAUGCGGGAUAAUAGCAACGUGCCUGUGGAUCCAGUUCAGCCUGUGCAAACCCCAAUCGCGCUUCAAUCGCCUAUUACCGUCAGUUCGAACGCUGCAAUUCCUCCCACUAGUCAAUUGGGUCAAAGUUUGUCGACAAAUCAUAAUGUGGCGACUCCUGCAACAGCAAAUAGUCGACCUGGACUCCCAACGCGCGCUUCAACGGCUACCAGCAGUGCUAAAGCCUUACAUCUUGAUACGGCGUCUGUCACGAAUAAUGUGCCAAACGCCAGUUCCACGGGAAUUCCAAUGGCUUCUGUACCUGCUCAAGUAUCGAUACCACCGCCAGUUUUUACCCGUUCUACGCCCCCCAUCACCACGCCCGCGCCAAAUGUAGAACAAAGCGUGCACUCUGCAAUUGACCAACCGCAACCUGUAGAAGCCCCUGUUAUUCCAGAAAGAACUUAUUUUAGAGCACCAGCCGCAUUACCAGUGGCUUCUCCCCAACCACCAGUCGCAUUAUCAGUGGGUUCUCCUCAACCGCCAGCUGCCGAGCCCGUUGGUUUACACCCUGGAUCAUACUCCGCAACCUCAGACAGGGGUCCAGAAGCGAAUGCCACAUCCGUAGAGGUGCAUCCAUAUGAGUGGAAAGAUCCUGAAAAGAAGCGGGAAGAGGCACUCAAGAAAAAGAUUCCGCAAAAAGAUAUCUCGACUUUUACCCCACCACCAACACAUCAAGAUCGCUCGCCGGAUACAACUGGCUCUUCUUCUCCUAGAGAAAAACUCGCUAGUCCUGUUGUGACGAAAGCUAGAAACUCAGGCCUCACAACUCAAAACUCCGGCACAUCGGCGAAGAGUGCGACUCAAAAUAAAAAAAGUGAAGAAAAGCCACUUGAGCGAGGCAUUGCUGGAACUUACACCAACACGGGUGUAGUAAACUUUCCACCGCCACCAAAGGCUUCGAGAUUGGGCAACCAGCCCCGCCCUUCCGCUUCUAGUAAGCCGGUUACCCCACAAACGAGUGGAGCUCAACAACAGCCAAGAAAAGCGGUCGGUUUACCCCCAAGAUCAAACGCGUCAAGUUCAGUGACCCUGGAAAAUCUGGCACCUAUGCCCACAAAGUUGGAACCACAAGAAGCUCAGGCAGCGUUCCAGCCCCCACCCAAGCCAUUCAGAAAGGAUCAGAGAACCACACCUCAGCCACCUCCAGCACCGCCUCGCCGCAGUACAUCUUCGAUUAACUCUAAUUCAGAUGAUACGAAGUCUAUUCCUCCGCCAUACUCAGAGGUCGCACUGCCUCCACGGAAUGCUCCUGAUACUAUUGCCAGGGCGUCUCCAAAACCCAAGAAGGCACCACCUCCCAAAAAAUCCCUUCCUCAACACCUGCAGAGUCUGAAUAACGAGACAAUUAGCCCAGCGGCGACUGGCGACAACGAGCAAAGGCUGGCCAAAGUUCCGCCGCCGAAACCCGCUCGCAAGAAUAUUGCAGCUAUGCCUCCUCCCAAACCAACGAGAAAACCACACUUGCCCUCAACGAAUAACCACGAAGAGCCAUCUAGCGGUCCAAAAGGGCUCAAUGCGGAACUCAUGGCGAAGUUCAAUUCGAGGCAAUCAAUUGAAAGGCCGGAGCUAACGCAAGAUUCAACAUCGUCUUUCAUAGCCUCCAGCAACAUACAACCAGCGGCCCCACCACUUCGAAUGGAAGCGGCUGUAAAACCAGCUCCGAACCUUGACGACGGCAACGAAAAUCCGUUCCAGCGGUAUUUGAAGAACGCGGUUCCAAUGGAUGAUGAUAGACUACACAAAACUUAG